AUGAGUCGGAAAGAUUUGUAUAUAAAGCAGAGCGCUUUUAAGUUACCUUGUGUGGAGCAACCCUGCAAAUGUGUUGCUUCUUGUACAAAUUAUACUGAGCAUCCUAACAUAAGGAGGAAGUCAUGUGAGGAUGCACUUUCAAUAGAAGUGGGAGAAUAUUCUUCACGCGCAGCCAAGGAGGCUGCCCAGUUGAAGAUAAGACAGAUCUUCGGGGAAGGUCAGUCAGCAAAAAGGAAGAAAGUAAACAGAAAGAGAGACAAUUUCAAACGGCCAUUGGAACUAAAUGAUCACCCUGGUUCUCCAACAAAGAGAUUGAAAGCUAGUGAUCAAUCAGAGGAAUUAUCCUUCAUUGAGUUAAAAAAUACCAUUCAAAAAGUAAUAAUAGAUAAAGAGAAAAAAACGGAGCUUAAUGUUGAAAGUGAGGAAGGCUUGGAGUUCCUUGGAGCUGUUGGAGGGGGAGCACAUGCUGAUGUUAGUAAAUGUCGUCUGAAGGAAUUAGAUGUUACAUUUGCACACAAAAAAUUUAAAGUUCCCUGUGUUAAACCACAUAUGAUAGAGAAGGAGUACAAAAUCCUCGAGAUCAUCGACGGUGCCGGUGGUGUUCCUAAGCCAUAUUUUCAUCGUCACCACAGUAUAUUCAUGGAAUUUUGCAAUGGACAGACUCUUCGAAGCUUUAUGAAACAUAAGGGAAGAAUGAUUCCGAUGAAACACAUGAUAAAAAUCUUACUGGAAAUAGUUAAAGCUGUGGAAGAAGUCCAUUCAAGAGGAGUUAUUCACUUGGAUCUUUGGGAGGACAAUGUCCUUGUUGAAUAUGAGGAUAAUGGAUUUGUGAAAGUACAUUUGGUUGACUUUGGUCAUGCUCAAGAGAUUGGCAAGGAAGCAGGUCUGUACCACGGGAAACGCUGGCCGCCUGAACUCCUUUUCGGACGCCAAGUCAUAGCUUGUCCAGAGUUUGACAUAUGGCAGCUAGGAUGGUUGAUGAACGCUGUUGCCCGUUACCGCAGGGACUUGCCUUUGCAGAUCAGACUUCUGGGAGAGAGGGCUGUAUCGGAGAUUCCAGAGAAGCGCCCGGCCUUAAAGGAAUAUCGGCAAGAAUUUUCAUCAUUGCUAGAUGGUACACCUUAUAUUCAUGAUAUGAAAUGA